AUGGAAACUAAUAAUAAUUCAAUUGUGUCAAGCGAUUCUACAUCAAGCCAAGAAAUAUCUAAUAUCAAAGCUCAAAUCAAUAAUAAAAAGUUUACAUCAGCAGUUUGGAAUAAUUUUACUUUGAUAAAAUUCGCUGAUUCUAGUCCAAAUAAGGCAAAAUGCAAUCAUUGUGAAAAAAGAUUUUCUCAUAAACGUUCUUCAGGCACUUCACACUUACAUCGGCAUUUAAAAACUUGUAAGAAAUAUAAAAUAACUACUGCCAGAUCAAGCUCUUUGGAUGAUCAUCAUGAUAAAGACAAUCAAAUACAAUAUACAUCAAAUCAAGCUAAAAGUUGGGUUUAUUCUGAAGAAAGAAGUCGAACUGAUUUAGUCAAUAUGAUUAUUAGAGAUAAAUUAAGUUUCCAAUUUGUUGAACAUACUGGAUUUUUAAAGUUUGUUUCAGGAUUACGACCUGAUUUUAAAGUUUGCAGUGCUGAUACUAUUAAAAGAGAUAGUUUAAAAUUUUAUCAAGAUCGAAAGGAUUUUGUUAAAAAUAUUCUUCAAAAUAUCGUUAGCUGA